AUGCACCCCGAGGGGCAAACUCGAACCAUCAGUCGUCAGAUGAAGAACUGCGAUCGCCGAAAAACACGCAAACAAGGUCGCCGGCGGCAGCAAAAGUCUACCCUCAUGGAUGUAACUGCAGAGGAUCGAAUUACGGAAGUUCGUAGACUGAAAGAAAUCGUUCCCAGUCUGCAGGACAGCUCUUGUCUCGAUGAAGUAACAAUAAUCGAAGAAACUAUCAGCUUUAUCACACGACUUGAGGAUGCUGUUCUUCGCAAAUACUUCCCGAUGGACCCACGCAGAACUGAUCAAAGUCAGCCUCAGCUUCAUCCGCUGCUGAAACAUCUGCUCCCCAAAAGGCCUCCUCUUGACCAGCCCUCCUCGCUUCCCCACGAGGAGGAGGAGGAGGUUUCUGAGGCGCCGGGCGAACAGCCUUCGCCCCAGCUGAACCCCGUCUGUCCGCAUUUGAGCCGUGGUUGGUGCCGAACAAGUGCCACCUGGAGUACGGAAAGUACACCCUGUCACACCUCGGACGAAGACAACGACUUCACUAACAUCUGA